GUUACAUUGUGUGAGAUAGUGGGGACCUCACAACAAGUUGCCUUAAGGAGGGAGGCAAUGGACAUCAGGGAGAUGGUAAUGAGACGAGUGACACCUAAAGAUGGGUUCAAUAUAAUUCAGAUGUUUAGUGGAAGUCGGAGAGAGGGAUUCAAACUGAAUGGAUCAGAUACGGACUGGAUGUUUUGGCCAAACAACCACCGGGUGAUCAUGGACAUGUCUCAGUCUGAGUAUUACAACACAGCCAAUACAGCCUUGAUUCUCUCUGACAGUUCUGAGAGUCCACCAGGAUUCACUUUACUUAAGUUUCUGACACCAUAUAUAAGCAGAGUCAUGUGCUUAGCAUUUGUCAGAAUGAAUAAGAGUCUCUACAUAUCUAGUUCUAAAUACAGACAGUUAACUUUUUUAUCAAUAUUUUCUGAUUCUACUGAACAUGGACCCUGUAGUAGUGGUGUAAUAGGAGCAACAGAAUAUGACCAUGCCCACUGUUUUGCUUGUGACUUUUGGCCUCCCUCUGUCUCUUCAUGGGUAGAUAGAUGUCAAACAUGGCCUGGUCCUGAGGUUGUUCAUGAUAUUGUUAGAAACGGAUGCCACUUUGUAGCAAUAGGACACCCACUAGGUAUCCAUGAAAAUGAAGAGUGAAGAAUAUCUUUUUCUCAGGCAGAAUACAAACUUGUGCACUCAAUGAACCACUGUCAGUUUUUGACACAUGGAUUGUUAAAACUAUUUUUAAAAGAAGUUAUAGAUCAACAAUCAGAAGAAACCUGUAAACUAUUGUGUUCCUAUCACAUGAAGACAACAGUUUUCUGGGCAAUACAACAAAACACACUACAUCCUUGGUGUCCACAAAAUCUCCUGGCCGGUUUCUGGGUCUGCUUUAAACUCCUCCUUAAAUGGGUGCAUUGUGGAGUUUGCCCAAACUUUUUCAUCCCACAAAACAACCUGUUUCUAACAAAGGUUUAUGGCUCAGCACAAAACAGAUUGUUUUUACAGUUACAUGAAUUGUACAGCAAAGGUCUGGCUUGUCUGUUACAGAGUUCCUCUAUCAGGUCCUACAUCAUUGAUGUCUUAUAUAAUCCGAGACGUUUUGUUCAUACAAAUGAAAGACUCAUUUUGACCGAAGUUGAC